AUGGAACCUCCUCAGCCUGCCAAAGAUAAACUGCUACCAAAUCCUCCAGCCCCAGUAGUGGAUUUCCCCAUUUCCCCAAUUCCGAAGAAUCCACUGGGAGAAGGACGGUACAUUAAAACUGCUGCUGCGCUCAUCAUUGGAGAUGAAAUCUUGAAUGGAAACACUCUGGACCGUAAUUCGAACUACUUUGCGCGCUUCUGUUUUGAGAAUGGUAUUGAGCUCCAGAGAAUUGAGGUCAUUGCAGACGACGAGCUCGAGAUUCUUGAGGCUAGCCGAAGGAUGGUCCAGAAAUAUGACUUCGUUAUCACCUCUGGUGGUAUAGGCCCCACUCACGAUGAUAUCACGUACGCUUCGCUCGCAAAGUCUUUCGGACAAGACCUCAAAUACCACGACGAAACUCUCGCGCGUAUGGAAGAAGCCAGCCGACACCGCACAUGGAUCUCACAGCAAAGCGAAGAGCAACGCACCGCUCGCAAACGCAUGGCACUGUUUCCGGAAGCUGGCGAAGUUCUUUUUGUCGCUAGUGAUAUCUGGGUUCCCGUGGUUCGACUGGAAGGCAAACUGUGCAUAUUCCCGGGAAUUCCAUCACUUUUCCAGAAGCUGCUAGACAAUUUGAAGCCUUUCUUGCCUCUACCCGCAGAAGAUGCACGUCCCUUCCGGCUUCAAGUCUUUACUCCACUUCCGGAAUCGUCCAUUGCGCCGUUCCUUACAACUCUACAGAAGCGCGUCAAGCCUGAGAAUAUCCGGAUAGGCUCUUACCCACUCCUUCAACCAGGGGCACACGUUGCGCUAAUUGGAUUAGACCGUGAACGUGUGAAAGAGCUCGGUUUGGAGGUGGAGAAAGAGUUACAAGGUCGUAUACUGAGCGCAGAGGAGACCGAUGCCAUGAUCAAGGCAAAGAGGCAGUGA